CAGUGGCAGCGGCGGCGCGGCGACUGAAGCGCGCGAUAUUGAGGCGGCAGCGCUGGGGACGGCUGCUCCGGACGGCUCUGUAGGAAGGAACGUGGUUGCCCCCUCCCUCAACUCCCGCCCCCCAAGAUUCAAAAUGGAUAGUAUAGAAGAACCUCAGAAAAAAGUCUUCAAAGCUCGAAAAACAAUGAGAGUGAGUGAUCGUCAACAACUUGAAGCUGUGUACAAAGUCAAAGAAGAACUGUUAAAAACUGAUGUCAAGCUAUUAAAUGGCAACCAUGAAAAUGGAGAUUUGGACCCAACCUCACCUUUGGAAAAUAUAGAUUAUAUUAAAGAUAAGGAGGAAGUGAAUGGUAUUGAAGAGAUUUGUUUUGAUCCUGAAGAAAGUAAAACAGAAUGGAAAGAAAUGUCCUGUAUCCUAAAUGUUAAUGUAAAAAACAAGCAGGAUGAUAAUUUAAGUUGUGAACCUUUGUCUCCUAAGAAUAUAACUCCUGAAUCAGCCUCUAAACUGACCACUGAACCAGCUUCUGGUGAUCCAGCCACUGUAGAUCCAGACUCUGAAGAACUAGCCUCUAUAGAUCCUGCCUCUGGUGAUCUAUCUGUUGAUCCCUCCUCUGCUGAUCCCUCCUCUGCUGAUCCCUCCUCCAGGGAGCCUGUCUCUGGUGAUCUUAGCUCUGGUGAUUCCACUUCUGGUGAACCGGUUUCUACUCAAGUGAUUUCUGGUGAGCCAGUUUCUGGCGAAACUGCCUCUGGUGAAAUAGGUUCUGGUGAUCCUGCUUCUGAUAAUUCAGCCUCUGGUGAUCUAGCUCCUGGUGAACUAUCUUCUGGUGAUCCUGCUUGUAGCGAAUUGGCCUCUGAUGAUCUGGCCUCUGGUAAACUGGCCUCUGGUAAACUGGCCUCUGGUGAAUUGGCCUCUGAACUGACUUCUGAAUCAACCUUUGAAGCCACCUUUGAAGCCACCUUUGAACCAAGUUCUGUACCAGUUUGUGAACCAAUUACUGAAACUGACAGUACAGGACAGAGUAGCAAAAAAGAUGAUGAUUUUCUUGAAAAAAAAGAUGAUGAUGAAAAGUUAGAUCAAAUUCAGUGUAAAGAUUCAUUUGAUCAGGAAAAAAAAGGUGAUAGUAAUAUUGGUGGCAGUGAAGAAGCUGCAGAAACAGAUAAUACAAUUAUUUGUUCAGAUCUACUUCAUGAAAAUGAAAAGAAGGUAGAGGAAGAUCCUAUUACAGAGCUUGCUUUAGGAGAAGAGGCUAUAUCCAGCAGUAUGGAAAUUGACCAUGGUGAAAAGAAUGAAGAUGAGAAUUCUACAGACCUUGUAGAAAGCAUUCAUGAAAAUGUUAAAAAAGACGACAAAAAUGAGAAUAUCUUAGAAAGUGCAGAUUCUAUGGAGACAGAUGAAAUCAUCCCUAUUUUGGAAAAACUUGCUCCUGCUGAAGAUGAACUUGCUUGCUUUUCUAAAACUUCUCUCCUUUCAAAUGACGAGACAAAUCCAGAUUUGGAGGAGAAAAUGGAAGGUUCUUUUGGAUCUCCAUCUAAACAAGAAAGUAGUGAGAGUUUACCAAAAGAAGCUUUUUUGGUCCUCUCUGAUGAAGAGGAUAUUCCAUGUGAAAAAGAGGAGUCUGAAGUUAUAUCACAAAAUGAGACAUGCUCACCAGCAGAAAUAGAAAGUAAUGAAAAGGACAGCAAACCUGAGGAAGAAGAGCAAGUGAUAGAUGAAGAAAAUGAAAGACCUUCUGAGAAAAAUGAAUGUUCUAGAAGAAAACGUUCUAAGUCAGAGGACAUGGACAAUGUACAGUCCAAACGUCGUCGAUAUAUUGAAGAAGAAUAUGAAGCAGAAUUUCAAGUAAAGAUUACAGCCAAAGGAGACAUUAACCAGAAGCUUCAAAAGGUGAUACAAUGGUUGCUGGAAGAAAAAUUGUGUGCAUUACAGUGUGCUGUAUUUGAUAAGACUUUGGCAGAACUCAAGACACGAGUAGAAAAGAUUGAAUGUAACAAAAGGCAUAAAACAGUUCUUACUGAACUCCAGGCCAAGAUAGCCAGGUUAACCAAACGCUUUGGAGCAGCCAAAGAAGAUCUUAAGAAAAGACAAGAAAAUCCACCAAACCCACCUGUAUCACCAGGAAAGUCUGCAAGUGAUGUCAAUAGCAAUAAUAACAUACCCUACAGAAAUGCAGGCACGGUGAGACAGAUGCUGGAGUCCAAAAGAAAUGUAAGCGAGAGUACACCAUCAACCUUUCAAACUCCUGUAAAUACAGUGUCUUCAACCAAUCUUGUCACUCCUCCAGCAGUUGUCAGUAGUCAACCUAAGCUGCAGACUCCAGUGACCUCAGGUUCUCUGACAGCAGCAUCAGUUCUUCCUGCACCCAAUACAGCUACAGUAGUUGCUACUACUCAGGUGCCUAAUGGAAAUCCUCAACCUACAAUCUCUAUACAACCUUUGCCAGUGAUUUUGCAUGUACCUGUUGCAGUAUCCUCCCAGCCUCAGCUUCUACAGAGCCAUCCAGGGACUUUAGUGACCAACCAACCAUCCGGCAACGUUGAAUUCAUUUCUGUGCAAAGCCCUUCUACAGUGAGUGGUCUUACCAAAAAUCCAGUAUCCUUGCCAUCCUUGCCAAAUCCCACUAAACCAAACAAUGGUCCUUCUGUGCCCAGUCCUAGUAUUCAAAGGAACUCUCCUGCCAGUGCUGCACCAUUAGGAACAACACUUGCUGUACAGGCUGUUCCCACAGCACACUCUAUCGUACAAGCCACAAGGACUUCUUUACCUACAGUAGGCCCAYCAGGACUCUAUAGUCCAUCAAAUAAUCGUGGUCCUAUACAGAUGAAAAUUCCAAUUUCUGCUUUUAGUACGUCAUCUUCUACAGAACAAAACAGCACUACCACCCCAAGGAUUGAAAACCAAACCAACAAAACAGUAGAUGCUUCUGUUAAUAAAAAAGCUGCUGAUAGCACAUCACAGAGUGGAAAAGCCACUGGCAAUGAUUCAAGUGGUGUCAUUGAUCUCACAAUGGAUGAUGAAGAGACUGGAGCUUUACAAGACCCCAAAAAGCUAAAUCACACUCCUGUGUCAGCCAUGGGUUCUUCUCAGCCUAUGUCUCGACCAUUGCAACCCAUACAACCAGCACCACCUCUUCAGGCAUCAGGGGUGCCAACAAGUGGACCAUCUCAAACAACAAUACACUUACUACCUACAGCUCCAACCACCGUGAAUGUAACACAUCGUCCAAUAACUCAGGUGACUACAAGACUCCCUGUACCAAGAGCUCCUGGAAACCAUCAGGUGGUUUAUACAACUCUCCCAGCACCACCACCUCAGGCUCCCCUCCGAGGAACUGUUAUGCAGGCUCCUGCCGUUCGUCAGGUCAACCCUCAAAACAGUGUUACAGUUCGAGUGCCUCAAACAACCACAUAUGUUGUUAACAAUGGAUUAACUCUGGGAUCAGCAGGUCCUCAGCUCACAGUGCAUCACCGACCACCACAAGUGCAUACUGAGCCCCCACGCCCCGUGCACCCUGCACCCUUACCAGAAGCCCCACAACCACAGCGUCUGCCCCCAGAAGCUGCCAGCACCUCUCUGCCUCAGAAGCCACACUUGAAGUUAGCACGAGUUCAGAGUCAAAAUGGCAUUGUACUGUCAUGGAGUGUCUUGGAGGUGGAUCGAAGCUGUGCUACUGUGGAAAGUUACCAUCUCUAUGCUUACCACGAGGAACCCAGUGCCACUGUGCCCUCACAAUGGAAAAAGAUUGGGGAAGUAAAGGCUCUUCCCUUGCCCAUGGCUUGUACUCUCACCCAGUUUGUUUCUGGCAGCAAAUACUAUUUUGCAGUACGAGCCAAGGAUAUUUAUGGACGUUUUGGACCUUUUUGUGAUCCUCAGUCAACGGAUGUGAUCUCUUCUUCCCAGAGCAAUUAAACCUUGGAGCCUUUAUCUUUUCCUCUUUUAAAAGUUUCACCUUUUGGUCUUGUUUUUAAUCUUGUGCAUGAUACCUAAUGUAAAAUCCACAUUGUGCAAGAUUUCUUGGACAGAUGUGUGUAUACACUACAUUUGUUUAUAACCAGAAGUAAAAUAAACUCAGCCCAUAAAGCAAGAAUCUUCUCCCAGACAAUUCAGCUUCAGGGUUUUGAAAUGUAUAUGUGUGUACCUUGCUUUAGUUUUGAGGCUAGGAACGUGUGUGUGUGUGUGACUUUUUUUUUUUUUUUUUUUUUUUUGUUGGGGGGGGGGUUCAUUUUGUUUCUAUGUUUAUUGCAGUGGAAACUCCCAUUUUUGUUCUCACAUUUACCUCUGUUUCAUAUGAAGUAGGUUAAAUAUCUGCAAGGAAUCUAUAGUAUCAGAGUUAAGUGAUUUAAACUAAAUCUAAACAAAACCCAAAGAAAUAAAAAGCAAAAUGACUAGUUUAAAAUAGGUUAAUUUGAACACAGGAAAAAAUUUGUACAUUUUUUGUUUCUUAAGUUGUUAAUUAAAUGAAAAACAUCUGCAGUGACACCCUCCCGUUUCUUAACCUGGCUUUUAUGUUUAUUUUGUGCCUUACAGAUUUACUAUAGAAAUAAACAUGGCCAUAUGUCCACUGUUGUUACUCUUUGCUCUUAGCUUUUCAACCUUUAUUCCUCCAUCAUCUCCACAAAAUAUAGCACACACACCCCCUCAAGUAAGUUCACACCAAGGCCUUUAUAUGUACAUAUAUGUGUGUGUACACACACACACACACGUAUAACUUUUUUUUUUCUCAUCUGUGGCAUCAUCAUUUAACUUUAAAAACUUGACUUGCUGGUUUCUUCUAAGGGUAUAGAUGCUUUUGAGUCAUUAUUUAACUUCAAAAAAUGGACCAAGAGAAAAACAUUGUUUAAGAAAGUUUGCCAUCAGACCUGUUUUAUGUUGCACACUGUGUUAGACACUAUGAAAGCAGUUCUAGUAUACUUAACCACCCAUGGUACAGUUGCCUUUCAAAGGAAAUGAACAGUAAGAUUCACCAAAUACAAUGAGCUAAUAUAUUAAGAGGAAAGUUCCAUUUCCUCUUUAUUUUCAUGUCAUCCUUCCUGUUUUAACCUUUUGUUUGAUGGUGCCAAGUUUAAUCUGAUUAGCGUUUAUCAGCUUUGGAUAAAAUUGAAAGUAUUAUUUUGGGUCAUUCUCUAUAAUAAUGAAAUAUAACAUUUUGUUAUCUCCAUUCUCUUUAAAAUUAGUGAAAUUCAACUUAGGUCAUGGAUUGUCAUUAUGAGUGUCAGCUAUACUGGUAUCAGGUUAGUGUUUUGCGAGUAGAUAGUUUUUAGGAUAAGAGGUCUGGGUUGAUGAGAGUGCAACUGGAAAUAUUUUUAAAAGUAUUUAUGGAGUUUGUGAAAUCACUUUUCAAGUCUUCUUGUGAUAUUUGAAUUCAUAUUUUUACCUUCUCAAAAUAAAUUGGUCAUUUAUUUUUCCUGGAAUUAAUAGGAGGGAGCUAUCAUUUUUAUUAAUAUUGUUUUGUUUACAACUUUGAUGGCUUAAAAUAGAAAGUAUUAUAGUUGUAAAGAAAUUUUCUUUAGAGACUGCACUGGUCAUUGUACUGUCAUCUUAAAUAUGAAGUUUGGUGAUGAAGAAAGCCUAUAGGUUGCCAAAAUGUAAAUGCUCCUAACCUUCCUUUCACUCUCAGAAAAUGAGACCACAAUGAGAAUUAGAAUUUUCCACAAGUCAAAUUUGCCAUCCAACUAUGUAGAUAUUACUCAUUCUAGGGCAAAUGAUGAUGUUAAUGAAGUUGCCAAUGUUAUGGCAAUAAAGAUUUCAACAGGAGGAAACUUAAUUGUUUUCUAGAUGUAUAUGAGCAACUAUCUAUAUCUGCAUGUUUAUAUGUUUUUACCUAAAGUGGUUGCAAUGUUGAUGAUGUGUUCAAGAUCAUUCCUGUCUGCAGAACAGAAAGCCCAUGUUCAAAAUUGUUCUUUAUUGACUGGUUUUAUGGUCAUGAGUAUUUUGGUCAACAAUUUGCUUAUCCUGCCUACAAAAGGUUCCCUUGAUGAAUAUUUGUAUUUAUAUUUACUAAUCUUAUUUUAAGUUUUCAUAGUAUUAUUAAGCAGGUGAAGAAAGCCCAGUAGAAUGAAAAUGUUUAAUUAUUUUAGCCUAUAUUUGGUGUUUUCUGUCAAAGAAAAGCUAAGUUCUCAAAUAGUAAUUCUAAAACCAGAUUUACUACAGAAAAUAAUUUCCUAAAACUUAUUUUAUUCCAGAUGGUGGAAGGAAGGUAUAAAGAGAGAUUGUAAUUAUUUAAAGAAAAAAAAAGUAUAUUUAUUAUAAGAUGGUCUCCUCAAAUUAACCUGCCAUGGGAUUAAUGUACAAUAGCCACACUGGAUUUACUGAAAGGGACUAAGUUAGAAUGCUAGGCUUUUAUUUGGGGCAGGUUUAAAUGUUGAUGAGUGCUUUUUGUUUGAGUACUUUGGAAGAGAGAAUGGAGGACUCAACUAGAAAUAGCUAAUGAUAAUGAACUUUUUAGUAGCAGUUCAUACUCCAUGGUUAUCUUUUUUAUUUCAUGGUAUCUUUUCACAAAGUAUUUUAAAUAAGCUCAGUUAUCCCAUUUUGGGAAUGCAAGUUUGCUACAUUUUUAGCCUGACAAUACUUGUAUAGGUAUUGCCUUAUUGGAAAUCCUGGAAACUUCUGAUAUUUCAACCUGAAAUGUAGGAAUGAUUAUAUGGCAACAGUAAUGUUUAUUACUCUCUACUUUGAACCUUGUCAGAGUAAUUUUCACCUGUUUUAAGUGUGAGCAAACCUCUUUUUAAAAUUAUGUUCUUGCUAGUAAAUAUAUAAAUGGCAUACAAAGACAACAUGUGUUAAUUAACUUUAUAAGGUAUCUAUAUCCCUCCAUUUGUCUGGACUCACUUUUUAAAAUAUGCAGAAUACAUUGUACUGUUUCACACAGUAUUUAAUUUUAUAAGAGAAGUGGAAAGCUUUCUUCCAUGAACAGUGAAUAUUUGGAUACCAUUUGCCUCACAGAGAGGUGUUCCCCACUCCCACACCCAUUCCCAUUGCCCUAAAAUAAAUACCUUGGAAAAAAAGCAACCUUCAAGGAACCUAAAAUCUUACUUAGGUGCAUCUCUCUGCAGAAGUCUCACAGCAUUGUCUAAGUGUUAACUUAGUUUUUGUUACUUGGUUUUUUUGCUCUAAGUAUUCUCCAAAUUAUCAUUUUUGCAGCAAGGUUAGUGUCAGUAUUCCAUGAUAGGCAUUUAUCUUGUUCCAUGAGUUCUCCAGUACUGUAAAAAGAUAACAAAAUAAUAUCUAUGGUAUCUCUCAUUUAUGUAUACUGUGAUCUCAGCACAAUAGGGUCCUUUAGAUACCUUCCAAGUAUUCUCCCUAACUUUCCUUCUUGGGCCAUGUCAAUAUCCUCAGUAUCUUAUGAUUUUUGUUGUUAUUACUGAACUGUUGUUGGCCUACUUUAUUCUAAUUUCCAGAAAAACCAUGUCCCAGUAUUAGAUUAUUGCAAAUAAUUAUCUAAAACCAAUAUAUGAUUCUGCUUUUUGUAACUAUUUACUGGGCAAAUGCUGUUUCUUGUUCAUUGGUUUGGUUUUUCUGAGAUACACACAAAACAACAACAACAACCAGUAAUCAUCCUGGGGCAUUUGUUAGUAUGGCAAACUUACCUAAUUCUUGAAACUCAUUAUCCCC